GAACAAGCUAUUCACCAGUCCGGGAACUGGAGAGCUUCAGUUGGGUUUGUGUCGUUGUGUUCGCCAUGUCGCUCUCUAGGUGCUUCACCACUGCUCUCCGGUCCCGCCGUGCCCUGGAGAGGACUCUUCUGCCUGCUGCCUCCGCUGUUACAGGCUUGAACAAGGUUGCCGAAGAUGAAGCUAGAGGAAAAGUAUACUAUGCUCCUACUGCUCAGUCGCAGGUGGGGCACGUGCGCCACUACAGCAAGCGGGCCAGCGUGCGGAAACACCAAGAGUCCGACUCCGAUUCAUCCGACUCCGACCGCGAGUCCGGGAAGGGGAAGCGGGGCACGAGGGGCCAGACAGCAUUUUGGAGACAGAAAAUGCGCACGCAUCAUCAGGUGAUUGACCUCAACAAGGACGGCGUUGUGUCAUGGGAUGACUUCGAAGUCCUCAUUGCUAGGUUCACUGAGCUUGGACACCUGUCACCUAAGGAAAUUGGCAAAUUCACAGAUGCAUUACGGCACGUUUGGGAAGAGGAGUGGGGUGCUUCAGGUGACCCGUACAUCUUCAUCGGACAGGAGCAGUUCCUGACGCAGAUGGAACAUGUUGUCAACUCGAAGUCACUGAGAAAGAGAGUUGCUAGCCCUCUGCCCUAUUUCUUUAGCGCCGUAGAUCGUGAUGGAAGCGGGGAAAUCUCCAUUGAAGAAUUCAAAAUCUUUUAUUCAUGCUUAGGAUUAUCAGAACAAGCUGCCGAAGAAUCCUUUGCUUCUAUUGAUCUAAAUAAGGAUGGAAAGCUCAGUAAGAAGGAGUUUAUAAAGUUGGGGCGAGAUUUCUUCCUUUCCGAGAAAGAGCACAAACCUAGCAAGCUUUUCUGGGGUCCCUUGGUUUCAUAAGCACCUGUAGACAGUUUUGUGGACUAGUGAAGAAAAUGUUGAAUUAUGUGAGCAUGACUGACAGAAAUUAGAUAAAGUCAUAUGAUCUAGGGUCCUGUGUUUAAUAUGCCCCUGUUGGUAGUGUUGGAGAUUUGUUAAGAAAAUGUUGAGUAAUGCAAAUAUGACAAAUUAGAUGAAUUAAAAUAAUGAAACUGCAUUAAGAUAUUUGCAACACUGUCUCUAUUUUAUUAUUUUUAUAUUUUGUAUUGUAUAAAGUCAAAUUGCCAUUAAUUGUUGAAUAGCAAAAAAUAUAUUUAAUUAAGUAGUGUAAAGUGUGAUAUCAUCAUUUGCAUUUCCUUGCAAUCUGAUUUUUUUUCUUUAUCUUUAUUAUGAGGUAGAAUUUACUGAAAUUUAUAACCCCGAUAGAUUUUACUGUAGCACUGGCAAUAAAGUAAUUCUUCCUUAUCAUUGCAUACUGAAUAAAUUUUACAAUGUAUCUUGUAUUAGUUCGUUUUGGUGUGGGCAUGUAGAUAGCUUUGUGAUGAUUUGAACUAAAAAGAGAUGUCUUGUAGGUCUGCUUUUUGUUUUUCAACUCAUGAUAACACUUAUCCUCUGUAGCUGUAUAAUGUAUGCAACAUUAGAGGAUGAAAUUCCUUGUCCUUCAUUUCUUUUAUUUACAAAUAUUUUCAUCAAAAUAUAAUGAAUUACUCAUUUUACUAAAGAAGCUUUUAUUCUGCACAUAGUGAAUUAUUCAUUAUAUAAUUUUUUCUUUAAAUCUGUUUUUUUCAAGAAAUUAUUGAAAAUGAUACACUUUUACAACUCAUGAUAACACUUACCCUCAUUAACUAUAUAGUUAAUGCAUUUUGUGAGGAUGAAAAUCAUUUUCAUUAAAGGCAUCACAAAA